AAACUUGGAAAAGUAGGACUGAACUGACAAUAAGAAAAUUUUGCAAUUAGCAUCUCCAAUGCACAAAAAUUGUCAUGAUGAAAUUAAGUUCUUGGUAUAUAUAUUUUGGUAAUUUUAUUGGUAUAUAACUAGAAGAUCAAAAUAAAAGAUCUGAAUGUGGUUGAAGAUCUCAAUGCGAAUUGCUCAUAAAACAAACCUUAAGCACUCUCUUUUGGUUCAUAUUGAGUCUCUUCAGCUCUGCAGUCAGGUCAACUCAUUUUGCAUCUUGGUGAACUCAUGUUUUGCUUCUUUGGUUUGCUUUAUUUACAUUAAGCUGGGUGAUUAUAUGAUUUAUAUCAUUUGGGUUCAUAUUUGUCUUGUAGGACACCAAAAAAUCAAGUUGUUUAGCAAGUAAAUUUGUGUGUUUUUUUGUUCGAAAUGUGAAAAUGCUAUAGAAAUACUUUGCAAAUUGGAGCUGAAUUAUUUCGUAUAGCAUAGAAGUAGUAUUUGCUUUAGUUUGCCUCAAUGAAUGGCUGGUUGAUACUUCAGAAAAAAAAGAAAAAAAAAAUGCUCUAAUUUGAGAAAUUAGAAAAUUCUUGGUUGUUUAAUAUACAACAGUGUUGGUGCAUAUUUUCUGAUUCUUGGCAUAUUCGUUUUUGUCAUAUGUCAGAAGUUUUUCUCGUUGUGUUGGGGCCAUUGACUGACUGCAUUAUUGGUGUGUGUGUUUGUCGACAUUGUUGUAAUCAAAAUGAGCUCUACUUUACCCAAUUUUCUUACUUUUAUCCUCUUAGCGCUCUUCGCUGCCAAGUCUCUCUGUGAUCUCUCUGCUAAUCUUCUCUCUCUCUUUCCAACAAAAAAAAAAAAAAAAAAAAAAGACAUGGCUGAAGCAUUGGUGGGUGGAGCAUUUCUCUCGGCUUCCCUUCAGGUGAUGUUUGAUCGUUUGGCUACUCGCGAGUUCAUCAACUUCUUUUCCAAACAAAAAAUGGAUGAUGGACUACUGGCCAAGCUGAAGAUAACGUUGCUGGCCCUUCAAGCAGUUCUGGAUGAUGCGGAGGACAAGCAGAUUAACAACAAACGUGUGAAAGAUUGGCUGGACGAGCUCCAACAUGUUAUCUACCAAGCUGACGACUUGCUGGAUGAGAUCGCUACCAAAGCCUUGAGGGACAAGUUAGAAGCUGAUCAUGUUCAGUCCCAGACCCAAAGCAGCACAACUCAGGUUGGUUUCAGACAAUUUUUACUUCCAAUCAAGCAAUCUCUGUUAGGGAUUGAUCCUUCCGUCUCGACUUCUGCUUAUCUAUCUGAUGAAGUGAUGGGGUCCAGGAUGAAAGAGGUCAUCCGUAAGUUGGAGUCGUUUGUUGAGCAAAAAGGUUGUCUUAAUUUGAGAGAGAAUGUUGGAAGGAAACAGUGGAACAAACUGCAAACCACAUCUUUGGUAGAUGAAUCUGAGGUCUAUGGUAGAGAUAAGGACAAAAAGAAGGUAAUUCAAUUGUUGUUGUCUGGAAAUGCAACUGAGAAUGAGAUCCCUGUGAUCCCCAUUGUAGGCAUGGGUGGGGUGGGUAAGACAACUCUUACUCAAGUUGUUUACAAUGAUGCUAGAGUGACUAAUUUUUUUGAUAUGAAAGCAUGGGUUUGUGUUUCAGAUGAAUUUGAUGUUUCUGUGAUAACAGAAAAAAUUAUUGAGGCUGUUACCACAUCAACAAAUGUCAAGAAGGACCAGAACGACCUUGAUCAACUUCAAAUCAAGUUGAAAGAAAGCCUAGCAGGGAAGAAAUUUCUUAUUGUUCUAGAUGAUGUUUGGAAUGACGAUUACAUUGCUUGGGACCUCUUGAAAAAACCUUUCAUCCCUGGAGCACAGGAAAGUAGGAUAAUUAUAACAACACGUAUGGAUAAAGUUGCAUCUGUCAUGAGCACUAUUCCUAGUUAUUGUAACUUGAAGGAAUUGUCUUCGGAAGAUUGUUGGUCAUUGUUUGCAAAGCACGCAUUUGUGAAUGGAGAUUAUUCGUCUCAUCCAGAGCUAGAGAGGAUUGGUAGAAAAAUUGUGGAGAAGUGUAAAGGCCUGCCUCUAGCGGUAAAAUCACUUGGAGGUAUCUUACGAUCUAAAAUAGAUAUCGAUGAAUGGAAGUAUGUACUAAACAGUGAGUUGUGGGCUUUGAAGGAAAGCAACAUUCUUCCAGCUCUAAUAUUGAGCUAUCAUUAUCUUCCUUCGCAAUUAAAGCGAUACUUUGCAUAUUGUUCGAUAUUUCAUAAAGAUUACAAAUUUAAGAAGGAAAAGUUAGUUAAGUUUUGGAUAGCUGAAAAUCUUGUGCAACAUGAAAAUAAUAUGUUAUUGGAAGAUGUAGGGAAUCAUUACUUUCAUGAACUACUUUCAAGGUCUUUCUUUCAGAGAUUAAGUGACACCUAUUUUGUAAUGCUAGACAAAGGCAAGGCACACAAUAUUUCUAAAAAAGUUCGUCAUUUGUCAUAUGUUCAAGGCUACUUUGAUCAGUUUAAAAAGUUCAAGGCCGUUAAUAAGGUUGAGUAUUUACGGUCGCGUUAAUAAGGUUGAGUAUUUACGGUCGUUCAUACCAUGUUCAAGAACUGAAUUGUCUCCUUCCUUUCUAGGCAAUAAGGUACUUAAUGAUAUGUUGCCAAGCCUGAGAUGCUUAAGGGUGCUGUCUUUGUCUCGA